AUUCAAUAAAACAGACCCAUCAUUUGACAUUACUACGAAAGCGUAGCUUCGAACUUAUUUGUUUUCAUUUCACAGCAAUGAAAAAUUCGUGGAAUAGAUUUUAAAUAGAAAAUAAUAAACACCAAAAGCCAAUUUAAAGUUAAUAAUAUGAGUAGUGAAAUUUCAAUACCGCGACAAGUUUCAACUAUACCAGAUACUUCGCAGAUGGAAGUAGGCACAUCUGCAUCCGUGCCAACAGCUUCGUGCGCUUCACCGGGUUCUAGCAAGGUGUCGUCAGCGGAAAAUCUACCUGCCGGUAAUACCAAUAAUAAACGGCAAUUAGCCCGAUUCCAUCCAUACCACGGCGCAAACAUUAUUUUAUGUGAAGAUAAUACAGUUGCUUACCGAAAAGCUAGUUUUGCGGAUGCUGUUACGUUUUCGGAAAAACCACUACAACCUGGCGAAAUAUUUCUUGUUGAAAUUGAGAAAAAUGAACGUGGCUGGUCAGGUCAUAUAAGACUCGGUUUAACACAAUUGCUGCCCGACGUGAUCGGAUCGAUGUCGGAAGGCUUGCCACAGUUUGCUUUACCUGAUUUGGCGAACUUAGGAACUAGUUGGAUCUAUCCCAUUUCAAAAUUCGAAUCUCAUUCCUUAUCACAGCGAAGUGGUGCCGCCGGCGGUGUCAUAGAAACUAAUCCGCUGUUUCAAAAUGCUACCGAGCCUGUGUGGGCACAAGAUAAUUCAUCUGGGGCUGUCACAGAAAACGAGACCACAUCUCGAAGUAAUAUAUUAGGAGAUUCAAUUUAUGUACGCACUUCACGUGGUAUGGUUCCAAAGCGUUUAUUGCGUCCAACUGUGGAUAAUGGCGAUGGCAACACAGGUAUUUUGCUGACUGAUAAGGGCUCACGGAUUGGUGUCGUAUAUGUGCCUACUGAAGCUGAUAAAGACAAAGGUGAGAUGCACUUCAUUAUAAAUGGAGUUGAUCAGGGUCCAUGCACAAAAGAAAUACCUAUGGACAAAUCACCACUCCACGUAGUUAUUGAUGUCUAUGGCACAACGAAACAAAUUCGAAUAAUACAACUUUAUGGAAUCGUAUCCCUUCAAAACGCUUGUCGAGAUGCAAUACUAUUACACACAAAACUACAUAAUAUUGAAAAGUUGCCGCUGCCGGAAAGACUCAAAAACUUUCUUCGACGUAAUGACUAGAUGUAUAUUUAGCAUAUUUUUGCGUUGAAUGACAUUGUUUUAAAGAUCAUCUAAAAACGGCAAAUGAAAAGAGCAUGAGUGGAUGUGUUGUUAGGAAGUUUCUGUUACGCCAGUCUUCAAAUGUUAUAUAAGAAUUAUUCACACAAAUUAGAAAUGAUGAAUAUGCUAUAUUUUACUAGGAUGACUCUGAAAUUCAUGUAUUUUUUGGUGUGUUGCGAGUUUGCGGUGCGAAGAUAGCAAGGAUGUUGAACAUAUUGAAAGUUUUGUUUGUUGUUAACAAUGAUGUGACCUAAAUCUAUAACAUUCGCCCGUAUAUAAAAUGGGUUUAGUUUUAAUAAAAAAUAAUAACCAACAAGAAUAUUUAUACACAAUUACUAAUUAUCAAUGUAGUAGUUUACGCAAUUCUAAUUAUUUGUUUAAAGUAAAUAAAUAAUAUUAAAACAAAAUUAUUUUUCUCUACGCAACAUACCGUUAUCAUAUCACAUUCUAUCGGAAAUAAAUUCGAAUUUUCACGAACGAAUAUAAAAUUCAUGUUACAUAAAGACGCGCUAUUACUUCUCUGUUUUACAAACAAUUGUCCUCACAUAUAAAUGAAUAUCAUAUAUUGGAUGAAUAUCAGUCACUGUUAUCACUUAUUUUUAUUUAUUUAUUUUUUUAAUAAAAGUACCUCUUUAUAAAACUUUGCUUUAUAUUUACAAUUUUUAAGUCUGCCUUCCAAAUUCAUUAUUUGUUGCCCGAUUCAUUCCUGAAAUCAAGGUUUUAUAAAUACACACAUCCGUAUGAAUAGGUCUGUAGAUAUUUUGAGAAUUAAUAUUUCAUGCUUGGCUACCAUUGCGACUAAUUUCAAAUGGAUGUGCAUAUUAAACAAAGGCCAUUUAAACUUCAACAUUUCACAAUUUAUUGCACAAGUAUUAAUCUGUUACUCUAAAACUAAUCUUAAAUCAUGUUAUGAAACGAUUUUGAGUUGCGAAAAAAUAA